AUGAUUUUGAAAGAUAACACUCCUAAGGUGGCUGAUCAGUGCGAUUCUGUUCCUUCGAGUAGUUCGGAGGGGGAGGGGGAGGAAGAAGCACUGAAUUUCACAGCAGAUUCAUCAGAUCGUGUGUACUGGCCGCCAAGAGAAGGUACUGCGUUGAUUGCUCCGUGGUGUCGACGAAGAUAUGCUCUUUCUUUACGAGGGCUACACGAAGAAUUAUUAGAUCUGUAUGCAUGGUUGAAGCCAUCCCCACUAGAAAGGGCAUUACGACUUCGUGUAUUCGAGCGAGUUCGUGGAGUCCUGCAACGAAUUUGGCCGACAGCAAAAAUUGAUGUAUUUGGCAGCCUAUACACGAGCUUGUUUUUACCUACCUCAGACAUCGAUGUGGUUGUGGAAAGUGACUUAGUGAGCGAGGAACCACCUCUCUGGAAGACGGCAAUAGCACUGAAAGAAUCUGGAAUUACGGAAUCAAUCAAUGUGCUUGACAAAGCAUUUGUACCAAUAGUGAAGAUGGUCGACAAGGAUACCAAGAUAUACUUGGAUAUUUCAUUCAAUACAGUGCAGGGUGUUCGUUCAGCAAAAUUUAUUGAGGAUAUGAAAAUGCGAUAUCCCGUUCUUGAGCCACUAGUGCUGGUCCUCAAACAGUUUUUGAUGCAGCGGCAGCUAAAUCAAGUAUUUACGGGUGGUUUAUCAUCUUACGGGCUUAUUUUAAUGCUAAUUAGCUUUUUGCAGCUUCACCCAUCGUACGAUUAUUCAUAUAAGAGAAUCACGGAAGUGAAUAUGGGUGUGUUGUUGCUUAAUUUUUUGCAACUUUACGGGCAAGAAUUCAAUUACAUGAAAACAGCUUUGCGUAUUCAUAGCGGUGGAGCGUAUGUUUGCAAAGAUGAAAUUUUAGUACAGAUGAAUAGACCAUCAAAUUCGAUGUUAUGUAUUGAGGAUCCUUUACAACCAGGGAACGAUAUCGGACGUUGUUCGCAUAACAUCCAAUUAGUUCGACAAGCUUUUGAACAUGCCUUUGCUACGCUGUGUGCAGUAUUUGUUCGGUCACGCGAAUAUUCAUCAGUAUGGCGUGCACGUUACCACGGUUCGCUUCUAUCCCUUAUUCUGCACAUUUCGCCGCGAAUGAUUCGCUACAGAAAUUGGUUAAAAGGGCGUGUUCUAUCAGAUGGUACCUCAUCUCCUUCACUUUCUAAAGCUUCCACACCAGAAACUUUUUCACCACCACUUCUGAAUACUUCGUUGAUUUCCCACGUCUCCUCGCCGAAUGUUUAA